GCAGAACUGAUGACCCCCUUCGACUAACAUGACUGAGCAUUCAACUGAGGAAAGAUGAGUCUGAAGACGAGGAAAAAAGCUCGAGCAUCAUUCGGGCCAACAGCACCGCCCUUCAUCGACUACCUGAAAGAUAUUCUACGUCGAUAUCCAGAUGGUGGACAAAUUUUGAAGGAGCUGAUUCAAAAUGCAGAUGAUGCUCAAGCCACAGAAGUGGUUUUCAUCCAUGAUGAGAGAAGCUAUGGGACUGAGAGCCUUUGGACUGAUGAACUGGAAAAAUACCAAGGUCCUGCUCUCUAUGCCUACAACAAUGCUGCUUUCACCGGUGAAGACUGGGAAGGAAUUCAGAUGGCGGGGAGGAGUGUCAAGCGCAAUGACCCAAACAAAGUCGGGAGGUUUGGAAUCGGCUUCAACUCUGUUUACCACACAACAGAUGUGCCAAGUAUAUUCAGUUCAGGUCACCUCGGCUUUAUGGACCCCCAAGAAAAGAUAUUUGGAGAAAGAAAAGGAGGUUUUUGGUGGUCUUUGGAUGAUGCAGAAGAUCAAGAAGCUCUGAUGACCUUGCAUGAUCAGUUCCAACCCUUUCGCGAUAUAGUUUCACUUGUAAGCGGGCAAGAGUGGUCAAAAAUUGUCAUGGAGGAUCAGCAUUUUGAUGGGACAGUUUUCAGAUUCCCUUUGCGCAACGAGACAUCAGAAAUUUCAGAUAAUCUAUAUGACUCUGAUAGGGUGGUUGAGCUUUUUGAUAGCUUCAUUGCAGAUGCAGACUUAAGCCUCCUUUUCCUCAAAAAUGUGACCUCUGUGUCAUUGAUACAUAUUAAUGUACAUGGCACUGUUAACACCAGGCUUAAGGUGAAAUCAUCAGUCCCCACAGAUGUCAUUUUACGGGCAGAAGACAAGUCAAUCAUUGAGGGUUCGACCAGGUUCAAAUUGAUAAGCCUCGACUCAAACACCCACAAAGAAACAAAGUGGCUUCUGACAACUUGUACCAUGAAGGAAGGUCAUAUAGAAAAGCUUGAUUCACUUGCAAAAAAGUUGAGCUUCUUCCCUCAAGUUGACUUGGCAUUCCCUUGUGGUGAGAAGAGAGGCUGUAGAGAGAGUAGACUGAGCUGCUUUCUCCCCCUCCCAAACAAUGAAUCCAACGAGACACGACUCCCAGUUUAUGUCAACGCUUGCUUUGGUCUCACAGACAACAGACGACAUAUCAAGUGGCAAGAGGAAGACCAGAAACAUGAUGAACAUGCUGUGUGGAACGAACUGCUCAUGAAGGAGGUGCUCCCGCAGGCAUACAUCAUGAUCAUUCAAGAUGCCAUCAAACUUGCCCAACAGUCUGUUCUUCCUGCCCCCUCUGUGUACAAUCUGUGGCCAGAUAUUGCCCAGAUACGCCACAAAGGCAAAUGGUAUGCCAUUGCUCUGGAUGUUCUUCAUCUCUUAUUCAGACAGAAUGUGCCUGUCCUCUCUCUUGCCAAAGAUGAAAGACAGUUUAUCACUCCAUCAGAAGCUGUGUUCCCCUGUAAUGGUCCAACAAGCCCUGCCAUAAUGGCCGCCAUUGAAAGGACAUUGGUUUCCUGCGGGGAAAAUCUUGUCACAUUACCAAAUGAUGUUGCAAGAGCUAUAAAUGAGGCCUACCCGUACCUCAACACCCUAAAAUAUGUGAGUCCAACUUUCUUAAGGGAUAUUCUCCACAGAACCGGUGUGCAUAACAUCUCUAAAGACGACAGACUCAGCCUUUUAGAGUACAUUUUGAGUGAUGGAAACUACAGAGAACUCAAUGGCCUUCAGCUGCUCCCGCUCAACGAUGGCUCUUUCAGGUCUUUCACAGACAGAGAGAAGGACACUGCUUUGAUUGACAGCAAUGAAUUUCCAAGAACUUUGCUGCCAUUCUGCAAACACCUCUUCAUCCCAGAUGAUCUCAGUCCAGCCUGCAUUGCCCACCUGAAAAAGCUGGCCACAAAAAAUUUGUUCAAGGUCAUCAACAUUGAUGCAGACCAGGUGGCUGAAUUGACAAGGAGGUAUUUGCCACAGGACUGGAAGCAGACAAGGGCAGGGCAUGUUACCUGGGACAUCAGCAGCAGUCAGCAUCCACCUUUAGACUGGCUCCAAGAAUUCUGGAAAUUUCUCAACACUCACUUCAAAGAGUUAAGUCGUUUCACUGGAAUACCAUUAGUACCAGUCAGUCCCCUGUCUGUCAGUCAGACUGUAUCACUAGCACAGCUACAACAGAACACAACCCUCAUUUUUCAGAAAAGCAAGCAGAAUAGCUUGUCAGAUCAAAUAGCUCAGUUGGUGAACAAAGCUGGUGGCACAGUGGUGACAGGAAACGAGUGGCUCAAGCAUGUAGACCUAGACACUUACGUGCUAUGCCCAUCGCCGAGGAGCGUCAUGAAAGUAUUGGUGAAUUUAGAUUCUCAGCAUCUCAUCAGACAGCUCAAGACCGGAUCUGACAGAACAAGAGAAGAACUGAAAGAUUAUCUUUCUCGUCUGGAUUCUCUCUCAAGCUGUGAGGAAGAGUUAGUCUCAAAGUUGCCUCUGUUUCGUACCAUAAAGGGAUCAUGUGUGGCAGUUCAAUCAAAACAGGCUGUGCUUCUAAAUUCUGGUCUCACCAUACCAACAGAGCUCCCUAUGCCUGACUCAGUUGUGCAAUGUGCUACUGAGGUUGAUCGCAGACUGUUACAGCUGCUCAAAGUGAAUCUCCUGCACACAGCUGAAGCAGCCAAUCUCCUCAUUGACUCUAUUGAGAAGGGGUCUUGCAGCAAGAAAGACACAGAGAAAAUCAUGACUUGGAUUUUACAGCAUGGGAAUAUUCUUUUCUCUCAGAAUCAGACCUUGAAACGCAGAUGUAAGGACUUGAGCUUCAUUGAAGUGAAAGGAGAACUGAAAAAGGCCUCAAGCUUUUUUGAUCCAAGAAUUCCAACAUUUAAAGUCAUUUUUGAGUCAGACUUCUUCCCCCCGCCUCUGUACACUCACACAACUCAGAUGCUUGAAAGCCUAGCAGAUCUUGGCUUGCUAAGUAAAGAAGUAGAUGUUUCACCUCAGCAUUUGCUGCAUGCCGCCAAACUGAUUGACAAACUGCAUGUUGACUUUCAAACUGAGGCUCUCAAAAAAGCACAGGUGCUCUUGAAAAUGUUGGAUGCUAAUAAUCUACUGUCAAAGUUUUCUCAUGAGCAACUUCAGUGCCUCAAAAUGCUAAAAUGGGUCCCAUGUGCUAAACCUGGUAAUGACAAAAAACACUGCAAUGACAAAUCUCUGCAAAGUUGUUUCUUCUGCCCAGAUGAAAUAAGACAUUCUAUGUUCAAGGACAUUGUAGGGCAUGUAAUGCCUCUGGUGGGAAAGCUCAGUGACAAAGUUAGCAACCAACUUGGACUCAAACGCCAACCCCCACCUGAAAAAGUGAUAGAGAACUUAUCAGUCUUGACAUCAAAAGUCCAGAAAAUGACUAAUCCUGACACAGAUGUGGACUUCAAGAGGGAGCUGCAUAGCAUUUACAGACACAUGCAAGACCACAUGUCUGAGUUUGCAAAAGUGAUAAACAGGGACACACGCUGGCUGUGGAACCACAACCAGUUUGUUUCACCAAAGAAUCUGGUUCUUGAUUACCCACGUAAUCUAGAUCUGAGCGCUUACAUUGGGAAGGUGCCAAAUGAAUUUCUGGCAUACAAGAAGUUGCUCCAGUUUUUUGGCCUGAGAACAUUGCUUUCAGAUGAAGAAAUUGUUGACAUUCUUCUUUCGAUCCAGCAAACUACUGAAGGAAGGCAACAGCCAUUUGCAAGUUCCUCUGAGGUGAAAGUGUCAAUAGAAAUUCUCAACUGGCUCUGGAGAGAGAAAAAGACAGUUAAGGAGGACAUCCCAGUACCAGUCAUCAUGGAGGGUGAACAAUAUACCAUGAAACCACGGUCAACAGCAGUCUUCUGUGAUGUAAGCAAAUAUGGGUUGAAAGAGCUUAAGUGCACCAAGGAAGAAAUUCAUGUCAUACAUGAGGAAAUCCCAAAAGCAACAGCUGAAUGGUUGAAUAUUAGGUUUCUCAGUACCUACAUCCUCGAUCCAGAGUUAGUGGGAAUAGAACAGUGUGGACAAUCUGAGCCAAUAACAACAAGGAUUAAAAACAUUCUGAAAGAAUAUGAUGAAGAAAGUGACAUCUUCAAAGAGCUCAUUCAAAAUGCAGAAGAUGCUGGGGCAAAGACAUGUAAAUUUUUGGUGGAUUUUAGAGUACACAAAGAUGCCCCUGAAAGUCUCAUUGACCCCGCCAUGGCCCUUUGUCAAGGACCUUGUCUUUGGGCUUUUAAUAAUGAGCAGUUCACAGCUGAAGACUGGACAAAUAUUGUCAGAGUUGGUGCUGCCUCAAAAGAAAACAAGGUGGAAAAAAUCGGAAAGUUUGGACUUGGAUUCAAUACUGUGUAUCAUGUGACAGAUGUUCCCUCCAUCCUUAGUGGCAACAGUCUUCUCAUACUUGAUCCAAAUGUAACUCACCUCAAAAAGCACAUCAGACACAAAGCAAAUCCUGGAAUCAAGCUUGAUCUCUCUCAGCAGCGACUUUUUCACUGGUUUCCUGGUCAGUUUGGACCAUAUGAACGCAUUUUUGACUGUAAUUUCACCAGACAAGGUCCUCUUAAACCCUAUCCAGGUACUCUGAUCAAACUACCUUUCCGAACUGAAGAAGAGGCUCUCCAGUCAGAAAUAAGCACAAAGGUGUAUCACACACAUGACAUCACUGCUUUUCAACGGCACCUAACCUUUAAUUCACAAACUCACCUGCUUUUUCUGAAGAACAUGAAUUCAUUAUCUCUACAAAGUAUUUCAAACAAUGUCACAACUCCACCAAGAGAUGACGAAAUAAAAACUGUCCUCAAUGUCUCCAAAACCACCCUGAGUGCAAUGAGGAUUCCUGAUGAAACCAGUGCAGCAAAUCAGGAUCAAGCAUUGAUGACACUUGAUGGACAAUGCAAAGACAUAAUUGACUGCUACACAGUCAAUAUUGUCCAGAUCACCAGUCAGCAGUCUGGUGUAACUGAAGUCCAGACGUGGCUCCUGUACAACUGCUUUGGGACACAUCAGUCAUUGAAAUUGGCCGUUCAAGGAAACAAGCAAGUCAAGUUCUCUUUGCCAAUCGGAGGCGUUGCUGUGCCUUUGCAAAAUAAUCCGAAAACUGGUAAACUGUCCUCAUCACAAUCAGAUCUUGUUGGACAGGCAUUUUGUUUCCUUCCCCUUUCCAUUCACACAGGCCUUCCAGUCAAUGUAAACGGAACAUUUGCUGUGACAAGCAACCGAAAAGGCCUGUGGGAGAGUGGGAUCAAACAUGACUGGAACAAAGCUCUUCUUCAGGACCCUGUUGUGACAGCAUAUGUUACUACACUCUUGGCACUGAAGAAAAUGUCUGAAAAUAAUCAACUGGACACUUAUUGCUAUCACAGCUUUUGGCCUGAUAGAGAUAAAGUGAGUGAAACUUUCAAGCCCUUGGUGGAUGCAUUUUACUCCACCAUUGCCCAGCACUCUGUUGGCCCAGAGCUCUUUAGUGAUGGAGAACAAUGGUGCUCAAUGAGCAGUGCCAUAUUUCUCCAUGAGAGCAUUGAAGAGGAUAAAGACAUCAUUGCCCUUGCAAUGCAGGUGUGCAAGAAAUAUGCAAAACCACCCAACCAUGUUGUUCCUCUUCCACUGUGGCUGAGAAAUAGCUUCAAACAGGCAGGCCUAGAAAAGGCUUUACAGAUCAGAACAUGGAACUGGGAGAAGUUUUACCAGGAAGCAGUGUUUAACAACCUUGCUACCAUGGACCCUAUGAGUAGAGAUACUCUUGUGCUGCAUGCUAUUGACCUACAUAUCAAAGAAAUUGACAGUCUACUGGUCAGUUAUCCAUGCAUUCCCACAACAGGUGGACAGCUCCAGUAUAUCAACAAACUUGUGAAUCCAUCAGGGAAAGCGGCCUGUCUUUUUGAACCAGAAGAGGGACGCUUGCUUGGUGGUACCAAAAAUGACUUUUGUUCCCCCAAAAGGAUUCAGCGCUUGUUGGAGCUUGGAAUGGCAAGUGAUCAUCUCCCAUUGAAAGACAUCACAGAGAAAGCAGGCAUCAUCACCAAAACCUGGAGCACUGACAGAGAGAAAGCAUAUGGGCAGUUGAAAUGCCUUCUUGAACUCAUGAAACAUCACAUAUAUGAAGACUCUCUCCACUGGGAAACACUAAGGACGACUGAAUUCCUCCCAGCAUUUUCACCUGGUGAUACAAAAAUGGAAAGGGAUGUGACACUUAGAAGGCCUGCUGAUGUUUUUAGUGACAAAUGCACCCUACUCGUUAACAUGACACAACCUGUGCUGGACCAUAGCAAUCUGAAAAUACACCACACUGAUCCAGUCCUUCAAAAUUUGGGAGUUUGUGACAGUCCAAAGCCCGAGACAGUGCUUCAGCAGCUGCAAGAAGCAUGUAAGCAAUCUCAAUCCACUGACAGACCCAUGCUUCACAAGAUAGCAUAUGAAUGCUAUAAGUUUCUAGAUCAGUGGCUCAGUAAUUCCGGGAAUUCCACUUUUAUUUCAAAUAGGGCAAAGUCAUUCCCUUUCAUCCUUGUUGGCAGUACAUUUGUAAAUGUGAGCUGUGUAGCUGAAAAUGAGCAGUUUGAAGCAAAGCCCUACCUUCAUGUACUUCCAGCUGCCUUCACAAAUUUCAGGAAGCUCUGGGAAAGUGUAGGUGUUGAAAAACAUUUUACAGUCAGCCAGUUUAUAACUGUGCUCCAGCAUUUGCGCCGUCAACAUGGAAACAAGCCCCUGCCAGGGAGUGAUCUGUCAAUGUGCCUCACAAUUUUGAACAAAGGGAUAUUUGAAGCCAAAGAGAAAACAACAGGUGACUGUCUGAUGCCCAAUGAACGUGGUGUUUUACAGCCUGCAAGUCAGCUGUUUUACAAUGACAGCCCAUGGAUGCCAGUGGCUUCAGGUGUCACAUUAUGCCACGAGAACAUCCCACGUGUCAUGGCUCGUCACUUUGGAAUCAAAACAACCAGGCAUCAUACUCUGCAAAACCACAUAGCUGAGAACAUUUCACAAUUUGCUUUUCAGUUUGAACAGCAGGAGCAACUAACGGUUCGAAUUAAAAACAUUAUUUCCGCCUAUCCAUCAAAGAAGGAUAUCCUUAAAGAGUUACUCCAAAAUGCUGAUGAUGCAGAGGCAACAGAAAUUCACUUUGUUUGGGACAAACGACAGCAUGGCAAAGAAAAAACCUUUGGGAAGAAAUGGAACCAUCUGCAGGGUCCAGCACUGUGUGUGUUCAACAACAAAGUGUUUUCUGAUGCUGACCUGGCUGGCAUUCAACAGCUGGGAGAGGGAGGAAAGCACAACUCUCCAGGGAAGACAGGGAAAUAUGGAGUUGGAUUCAACUCUGUUUACCAUUUGACUGACUGCCCCUCAAUCCUGACUGGAGAUAAAUUACUGUGCAUUUCUGAUCCCAAUCAAAAAUACAUUGAAAGUCACUCAGACAAAUCACCAGCUGGCAUUGGAUAUAAACUGGCUGAUACCUUCAAGAACAUGUACAUGGACGUCUACAAAUCCUUUCUUCCAGACAAGUUUCCUCUUAAAGACGGCACCAUGUUCAGAUUACCUCUGAGGAUGGGUAUCAUGGCAAACAACUCUAAAAUAUCACAACAGGGAGUCACUGACCAUGACGUGAAAGAACUGUGCUCUGCCCUCUCUGAAGAUCCCGAAGGACUAAUUCUAUUUCUGAAAAACAUCCGCAAAAUCGAAAUCCAUGAAAUAAAUGAACGUUCAGGAAAACUCGAAACCACCUUUGUGGUUGAAAAAAGUGUGCCAAAGGCAAGCAGCAAACAAAAAGAUGCUUUUGUAAAACUUCAAAGACAUGCACUGCAAUCUGUCAAACCAGUAACACCACAGAAGGCCAUUUAUGGAACCGUUAUUUCAGCCUCAGAUAAAAGACUAAGUAAAUGGAUCAUUGCAGAACAGUUUGGCUCGUUCAAAAACAGUGAUGGAAAAGAAAUAACAAUGUUAGCCAAACUUCCCCAAGCAGCAAUAGCAGCACGCGUGAGCUCUAAGAGCUGCAUGGAUUUUAAGGGAGAGGCAUUUUGUUCACUUCCUUUGCCAGGGAAAACUGGACUACCAGUGCAUAUCAAUGCAAACUUUGAAGUGGAUUCUUCCAGGAGAAGCCUUUGGAAAGAAGAUGGGCAAAGUCUGAAAACUAAGUGGAAUGAAUCAUUGAAACAGAGUGUCAUUGCUCCUCUGUAUGCAGAUCUCCUUCAUUACAUCGGCCGUAACAUUGCAGAGAAGAACAUCACUCCUUUACGUAUUGAGUCAUGUCUCAAUAACUCAUACUUGUGUUUUUGGCCAAGUGUGUCCAAAGAUGUUGAUCAGGAUUGGCAUGAAAUGAUACAAGAGGUCUACAGAUCAGUCCAAGAAAGAGGCCUAAAAGUGAUUCCAGUGAUGAGGAGCUCAACUCGAAUGAUUGCUGGCAAAACAUUUAAAGAAUACUCUUUUGACUGGUUUGACACCAGAGAAACUGAAUCAACGAAGGCACCUCACCUGACACAUUCAGGAAAUGAUGAGAUCAAUCCCAUUUUGGAAGAUCUUGGAAUGAAAUUGGUUCCCUUUUCCUUCAAAAUGCAAGAGGUUUGGAGAAGUUUUGAAUCUGCUGGUAUCAAACUGAAAGAAGUGAAUCCUUUAACUGUGCAGACUUUCCUGAGAGAAAAACCUCUCAAUGACCCAACCCAAACCGAUAAGGAGUUACCCCUGCCCAUAACUGCCACUCUGAUCAAGGACGAAAAAAGAUGUUCAAAGCUCUUGAGUUUCUGCUUAAAAUAUCCCUUCUUGAAACAGGUCACCAAGGACAAUUCCAGUUUACUCGAUGGGCUUCCACUUCUUCUCACAAGAGAUAAAGUUUUGAGAGUAUUUAACUCCAAAUCUCCCAAGCUGAUAUCAGGGUAUGACAGUCUGUUCUUUGGCUACGAGGAUCAAUUUGCAGAUUUUCAGACCAACAGAGAACACAUCAGUGUUCUGCAAACUUUUAACCUUGUCAGAAAUCUGACAGUCCCCUGUGCAGUGAAAUAUCUGAAGCCGUUAAUUCAGCAUCAUCUUCAGAAGUGUGAAGUUGAUCCUCACAGUGGUCUUCAUGUCCCAGACAGCACAGUGUUGACAUGGCUGACCUCACUUUGGAAGUUCUUAACAAGUCAAAUUAAACCUGCAACAUCUAAUGAUGAACAAAGUCUGUCAUUAAGUGAUGUGAGAAAGCUCUUCAGUGACUGCCACAUUUUACCUGUUGUGUGUCCAAGGUCGAACAACAAGCACUUCCUGCAAAAAAUGAAAGACAUGCCGAGUGUGAUUCAGUUCGCCUCAGACAGGGACAUAUCAGGCAUCCUCUUCAAACUUGGUUUUAUGAAGCUCAACGGUCUAUUCUUCUCUGAUAUACAUCAGCUACAUGCAGAUCGACAGCUACAUCUGCUUCUACACUGUGAACUUAUGGAUGUGAAUGAUAAAAGCUCUGUGUUGGAUCAGCUUUAUAACAUUAACCACUCAGAGUUUUCCAAGCUUUCCACUGAUGAUAUGAGAGAGCUUCAGACCUUCCUGCAGUCUGGAGUAUCCAAAGCCAAAGACAAUCAGGACUAUCAGAGAAAGCUCAAGUCCUUACCAUUAUUUGAAACAAUAUCUGGUGAAAGAGUGAGGAUUGAUGGACCUAAUGAGGUAUUUAUCCUCAACAGCACAAGGGCAUUUACAGAUUUGUUUUACAACACCAACAAUGUUUUUCUCAAAAACAAUCCUGAGAACUACAGCCUGUCACAAACACUGAACAUCCAAAUACUCACUGAUUUGCAGUACUUCAUGAAGUUCAUUCUGCCUGUUGUACACACACUCACAGAAAAGCAGAUGCUUGAGUGCUUCAAGCUCUUACUGUCACUGCAACAUCAUUGCGAUUAUUUUACCUGUAAGGACAAAAUCAUCUCCUCAAUGAAGACAGUGAAGUUUAUUCGCAGUUCUCAAGGAAGACUGGAGACACCAUCAUACUACUUUGAUGACAGUGUUGAGCUAUACAAGAAAAUGCUGCCCCAGGAGAGAUUUGUGCCUGAGAGAUUUUGGACUGAGGUCAGUGAAGGAAAUCAACCAACAACAAAACCACAAGGGCUGCUCAGAGAACUUGGAAUGAAGCAUGUUGUGUCAAAAGAUGAUAUUGUAAACUUUGCAGACCAGUUAGAAUCAGAAGCCAAAGGAAACUGUCAGCUUCAAGAGUUGAAACAGAAAUCAUCAUUACUUUUAAAAACAGCCUUGGCAAAAAUCAGUAAUGACAAAGACAAGGAGCUGCUGGAGAGGAUAGCCGACAUCAAGUUCAUUUUUCCUGUGACUAUUCGAAAAGAAUUGUGCAACUAUCACCAGCCUUUUGCCUCUGGGAGAACUAUGGUUAAAAUCAAAGGCUCUUUGAUGGAAAUCGAUCCUAAGCAUCAAGAACUGAUUUGGUCUUCAAUGCCAGUCAUACAUUUACCAGUUUAUCAGUCACCAAAGCUCAUGAAAAUGAUGAAAGAUGCAGGUGCUCAUGAACAACCUCCUCCACAGUGUGUAACCAGCAACAUGAGCAACAUCUGCCAGUCACCCUGUGAAACUGACGAGUUGAUUAAAACCCGUGCUAGUGUUUUUCGAAGUUCCUAUGCCUACCUGCAAGCACACGGGUUUGAAGGACAGCAACUGGCUGGUCUUCCUGUUGUGUUGGUUGAAAAAGACAAAAAGCUUGUGAGCACUGAUGAUACGUGUCUUACUCUUGACUGUGACCGAGAUUUCAGACCAUAUUUGUACCGGAUUCCUCCACAGGAUGUUAUUUUCGCAGAGUUUUUCAAGAAAAUUGGCGUAAAGGAGAAACCUACUGCAGUGCAGUAUUGUAAUGUUCUGGCAGCAGUUUAUGACGACACUUGUGAUAAACAACAACUAAACCCAAACCAAAUGAACACAGUUAAACGUGCUGUUCAGCAGUUGUUUCGGUUAAUCGAAAAUGAAGGAAACCAGUCCCUUGAUGAUGAUGUAACAACUUUGCAUCUUCCUGCAGUAGAUGGGAAAUUAUACCCAUCAUGCACAUUGUACUACAACGACACAGUGUUUGAGUCCAAAAGGUUAGAAGAAGCACUAACCGAUAAGUUCCUGUUACUUGAGAGUCUCAGUGAAUGCUAUUUGGGCAGUGACAUCUAUGUGCACAGUCGGCUGCUGAAAUCGCUGCCUGCGAAAUUUCAGCCUAAAAUGCUGUCUCAGUUCACUGAGGAGAAAGCAGAGGAAUUUAACAUGCAGUUUUGUGAGCUUGAGACUGACUGCGAAUUUAGUGAAUGGUUUGAGAAACACCUGUCCUCAGUAGCAUUCAGACAUGGACUAAUUUGUCUCAUUAGAGAGCAGUCUCAAGGAGAAAUAACACAAGAAGAUGCUGCUGACAUGUGCAAGAAGACUUUUGGCAGAAUUCAGAUUGUCUGCUGCAAAAACCUGGAAACAAAGCUUUGGCUGAAUCAACAACCACUACACCAAACUGCCACUGAAACCGACGUUUUUGUUAAACGGGGCCAACAAGGUUGUAUAUUUUACUUAAAACACAGUGAUGACAUCAUGACACCUAAGGUGAUAAGUGAAGUCAAUAUGACAUUGACAAAGGAAAUUAAUGCUCUUUUAGGUAACAGAAUUGCAUCACUUCACCUCCCAGUGCUCGGGCAACUUCUUAUGUGCGACAGUCUGCAGGACGUUCAGAAAACUCUGGCUAAAAAUGGGAUCCAUGACAGCGCUGGAACUAAAAGCUUCCUUAGCAAAACACCAGCUCCUGGGACAGAUAUAAUGGAGGAAUGGUAUGACUGCUUAGACAUGAAUAUCCUCAAUAACUUUGAAGAGGGGGAAUAUGUUGGCUACAGCACUGACAACAAGUAUAUUUAUGCAGUUAUUGUUGAAGAACUGCCUGGGAACUCUGGAAAUUAUUCUCGGAGAUACAAAGUAGAUAUUGGAGAAGAUGAGCCAGUUGAAGUCAGUUGUCUUGACCUUUAUCAGUUUAAACGUGAAAAGAAGCGAAAACCUGAAGGGAGAACUUUUAUACCAGCUGAGGCUUCUUGCAUGGAGCUUGAACUGCAUUCUUCCCCAUCAUCAACUACAAGUUCCUCCUCUACAAGCUCCUUACCAGCCUCUGUUGAGGAAGCUAAAAGAGAAAUUGACAAAUGUUUGGCAGAGAUCUGGACUCUUCCUGAGGAGGAGAAGCAUAAAGCCAUCAAACGGCUGUACCUGAGAUGGCAUCCCGACAAAAACCCUGACUGCCAGUUUCUUGCCACCGAGGCAUUCAAAUAUUUGCAGAAUCGAAUUGAUGAGCUCACCAAAGGCAAAGCCUCAGGCUCCUCCUGUAAAAGGGGAUCCUCAGACUUCAGAGACUUCAGAGACUUCUACCAGCAGUGGAAUCAGGAGGCCAGGCAUCAUAGAACGGGUCGAGAGAGAUUCUCCAGAGGCUUCCACUACUACAACUUUUGGACCCAUAAUGGAAAUGUUCCAAGGCCGAACAGAGAGGAGGCCCAGCGCUGGUGCAGACAGGCUCGUUGUGAUCUCAGUGCAGCUCACAAAGACACUGGUGGUGGGAGCACAGAAUGGUGUCUGUUCAAAGUCCAUCAAGCAGUGGAAAAGGCUCUCAUAGCUGCAGAGUAUAAAAGGAAUGGUCAUCAUCCCACCAGCACCUGCAUUUUAGCCCUUGCUGCAAAAGUUUCCUGCUACAAUCAGCAACUGAGAGAUCUUCCUCUGAUUGUGCAAAAUCUGAAGACGCUGGGAGUGGACGCCAGAAAGACUCAGUAUCCCAACUGCCAUCCAUAUCCCCACAUUCCAAACGGACAGUUCAAAUCAGAGAACGAAAUGCGGGCACUGGACAAAGCAUCUGAGCUUCUCAGUGCAGUGGAGGCAUAUGUGGAUUGAUGAUUCAAGACAGACAUGUUAUGCUGGUGGAGUCAAUUUGAGAUUUUUUUUUUUUCCAUUUUAAAAAUACUUUCAGCCAAAUGGUGAUACUGAAACAUUACUAUAAACAAAGGAACUGUAUCAUUUGUGUUUUUGAGUCAUAGUGUGUUUGAUAAGACUUUUAUGAAAAUUCUGAAACUUGUGCUAGUUUGUUUUAUAUAUGUCUCACUACUGAGGAUCAGUAUAAUCACCACAUGAAUUUUAAGGUUAAUAUCAAAGCAUUUUGUGCAUUGUUGCAGACAUUUAUAACCACUCACUGAGGAUCAGUAUAAUCACUGUCUGACUAUCUUAUAGUUUACCAUUUAUACCUACUCAAUGAAGAUCUAUACAAUUACUGUAUGAAUUUAUGUUCUCUUGGCAUUUAUAGCUACUCAUUGUGGAUCAUUAUAAUUAUUGUAUGACUGUUAUAAAAGUGAAAAUAUCAGUGAGGUUUUUUUCCUAUAUUGCAAAGAUUUAUAAAUACUCAGUGAGGACCAGUAAAAUCAGUGUAUGACUUUUGUUAUGAAAAUGUUAAUGUCAAAGAUUUUUUUUUCGCACUUUUGUAAAAUUUCAUGACUACUCACUGAGGACUAACAUUAUCAUUGUAUGACUUUGUUAUGUUCUGUUAGCAUUUAUAGCUACUCUGUGGAUCAAUGUUAUUAUUGUUAAUGUAAAAUUUUUUUUUCGCAUUUCUGAAAAAAUUCAUGACCACUCACUGAGGAUAUUAUAAUUGUAUGACUGUUACGAAAGUGAAAAUAUCAGUAAGAUUUUUUUCCUAUAUUGCAAAGAUUUAUAAAUACUCAGUGAGGACCCGGAAAAUCUGUACGUAUAUGACUUAUGUUCCGUUAGCAUUUAUAGCUACUCAGUACAACAGACUAACAUUAUCAUUGUAUGACUGUUAAGAAAUAUGUUGUUUUUUUUUUGUUUUUGCAGUACUGUAAGCAUUUUUGACUACUUAUGGAGGACCCAUAUAAUCACUGCAUGAUUUUGUUAUAAUUUGUUUUUACGGUUCUUUUUUUUUUUUUUUACCUUUUAACUUUUGAAAUGAAAAUUAUUAAGUUUUAUAAAGGAUGAAACAGCAAUUCCUGUUCCAUGUUUUUAAAUGCCAUAGUAAAAUUGUGACCAGGGGUAGAUGCUGUGUUACUGUAACUAGUGAGUUUGGAAUUGUUCCUUCCUCUUUUUCCUGAUUCUUAAAGGUAAUGAAGUAUGCAAAUGCUUUGAUGAGUGAGGCAUAAUAGUGAUUGUGUUUAAUGUAAUACAGCUAAAUUUGUGCAUAUCUUCUGCACCACCUCUAGGUUUACUCUUUUUUCCACUUCUUAAAUGUACUUUUCAUGUAUUUUUGAGAAUCAUGUCAUUUGCUAUCUUUGCAGUCUCCUGUCAUUUAUUGUAUUCCAGCUCAAUAUAGAAAAAACCUAAUCCAUUGUUUAUUUUUGUGUACAUUUUUACUUUGGGUUGCAACCCACCUGUUGUUUGAUGGAGAUUUCUGCAAUAUUAAGCACUGCUGAUAAUAAAAGAUUGUAUCAGA